UAUAUUUCCCAACGGAUCGGCUCAGUCGUUAUCAAGUCGGCACUGGAAGCAGUUCAAUUGCACCUACAAACCUAAGAGAUGCACUCACGGCGUGGGUAAUCUGUAAUCCGUCCGCUUAGCUAGUCAGGAUAGUACUUGGAUCGGAUCAGAAAUAGUAAUAUCGCAAGAAGUAGUACCCUUCUGAGUAUUCGCCAAUCGCAUUGCAUUAUCACAGUGGGCAGAUAACCUCCACCCUGAAGCUCGGACUUGGACUCGGAUCAGAUCAGACCACAUAAGGAAGUUGAAGUGAUCAGACGGCAAGAAUCUUAAACCUUUGCGAUCGGAGAGCAAAAAGCCAAACAAAGAUCUUGUUUUUUAGUUACCAUUUCAGAUCACAAACGAUAUCGGUCACGCUGCCAUGAUCGGGAAAGAGCGCAUCUUACGAACGAGUGUGGCAGGACUUAUGCUUGCCACCUGCAGCCUCUUCUCGCUCAUAUACAUGCAACGCAUCGAGAAGUGGGUCCUCGAGUGGUUCAUGGUCCUGCGGCCGGGAUCCUUCAUCUAUGACCUGUGGCAGUCGCCCACCAUCCAGACCGAUAUGGACCUCUAUAUCUUCAAUUGGACAAAUUCGGAGGAUGUAUCGAAUACCUCAAUAAAGCCGAGGUUUGAGGAACUAGGACCCUAUCAUUUUACGGAAAAGAUGCAAAAACUCAACGUUCAGUGGCACGAUGAAAAUUCUACGGUAUCGUAUAUGAGAAAGAGUCGAUUCGAUUUUGUUCCGGAAAAGAGUGCCGGCUUGCCAACAGAUCCUGUGGUGGCCCCCAACUUAAUCAUAGUUGGUCUUUACCAGAAAAUGCUACGCUUGAAUCCCUUUUUCCGCUCCGUUAUUGUAAUGGCCCUAAACGUAUACGGCAAGGAAACCACAAUAGUCCAAACUGCCGGAGAAUGGAUGUUUGACGGUUUCGAUACACCACUCAUCAAGAUGGGAAAAGCUCUACCACCCGGACUUGUUCCAGAAAUGGAUUUUGCCUACGAUAAAGUUGGAUACGCAUAUCCGCGCAAUGGAAGCACGGAGAUCUAUGGCCACCACAAUGUGUAUACGGGACGAGAUAACUUCGAGAAGCUGGGUCAAAUAGCGAGAUGGCGCUACAAUAACGUCUCAGAAGCCAGUCCAAGAUGCAAGCUGAAGGGCAGCACCGGAGAGUUUCACCCGACUCCCCUGGUGAAAGGCAAGCCCAUCUCAUACUUCCUGCCGGACUUGUGUCGCGAAUUCCAGAUCGAUUACUUCGGCACCACAACAUUCAGAGGCGUCGAUGCAUUUGUCUACAAGGGCAGUGCCCGAAACAUGGCUAAUGGGACUGACAAUCCUGACAACAGUUGCUACUGCCAGGAUAACUGCCAGGAGGUUAGGUCCGGACUUCUGAAUAUAUCCUCCUGCUUGUACGGAGCACCUGUCUUUGCCUCGUAUCCGCACUUCUACCUAGCGGAUCCUUACUACGUGGAACAGGUGGAGGGAAUGAAGCCUGACAAGGAUCGUCAUGAAAUGGUCGUAAUCCUGGAGCCCAAAACAGGAAUGUUGCUGGAGAUGAAGGCCCGUCUGAUGGCUGCGUUAUUGGUGGAACCAAAAACUCAACCAUUAUAUCGUAAUGCGAGGAAAACCUUCUUUCCGCUCAUCUGGGCGGACUAUCGUGUCCAGAUCACAGAUGACCUUCUGUUCUAUUUGAAGCUUAUUCCCAUCGCUGAGUGGGCGGGAAAAGUAUGUGGAGUUCUGGGCGUGGUUCUGGGUGUUGUCAUGUUGUUUUAUUAUCCAUACCAAUGGAUCUGGAAAAAGCGUUAUAUGCAGAGGAUAGAGAUCAACACCCUGGAUGUGACGAGAACACCAGAGUCCACAAAGUCCUCCGGAGGAGUAGAGGAGUCUUCCUUGCUAAUGGGACUGACAUAUACGGGGGCGAAGGAGGACGUUCGGUAUCCUUGUUGAGGAUAUUCUGAAAAUACUUGAGAUUAUUAGUUAAGAGUCAGUUUUAAGUUAAGGUCGCAGGAUUAUUUCUUGCCUAGUCUACAGAUUAAGAAAAUAAAUGGUAAACGGAA